GAAGGAGGGCAAUGGAGAACAUAUUAUCUUCUCCAGCUCCAGCUGAUGUGAGUGCAGUUGAAUCACUUUUGUCUGUUGGCUUUAGCGUCAGUCGACCUCUUUAGUUUCGUUGGCCACCAUGGCCAGUGGCAGUGGCCCGAUGGAGUUGAUGCUUUGCGGCAGUGUCGAGCACAAAGUUCAAAAUGGUUGGAGAUCAGCGAAGAAACAGUAAUAAGCAAGCAGCUGAAACCUUGUCUGAACAAGAGUCACUGGACUUCGUGAACGAAACUCUCUACUAAUCACCUACUUCGUGCUCCCCAAAUCACUACAUGUAGCAGGAGAUUUGUUCCGUUUAUGGAGUUUGCCCACGUUUCUGGCAGAAUGCGUAUGUGUUGUGCAUGUGGGGAUCUGACGUGUCGUCAUUCCACUGCAACUCGGCACCAACCAAAACACCUUUCACAAGUCAGGACACGACGUUUCCGGGAAGCUUUCCGGUGCUCCCUCGUGUGGUAUUCGUGGACGGCGAUUUUCCAGGUGGUUCUAUUCUGCUGUAUCGUGGUCCAUGGAGGCAGACACAGACGCAUCGCUGGUACUCCAAGCAGCGCCGCAACCCUCUGGUCGGAAACUGUGCUGCAAACGCCUCAUGGCAAUCUGCUGCACCUCCCGUUUCGCACCUACAGUGAGGGAGUUGUGCGUGUUUCUCACUACGGCCAUUACAUGAGAGCGUGCGCGGAUGGAUUUGAUGACUACACACGCUUGAUCACUUGCAGACAGCUUGGUUAUGAACGAGUGGAGGACACUCCAACUCGACAAGGCAGCAGCGGGGAUGGUGGCAGUGUGGAUGCUCACGGACGCGACAAAUCAAUACACUUACUGAACUACAACAGUGCUACACGCAAGUACAUCGGUGCCAACGUUACUUGCACAGCCGGAGAAGGCUGUGGUGACUACAGAGCUAUCUCCACAUGUCAAACCGAACACGCUCCGUAUCUCAAGUGUUCCUCGCCGGUUGCCAAAGAGGGUACGUUUCGCCUAGUUGGUGGGCACGGGCGUAACGAAGGCCGACUGGAAGUAUCCGAGAACGGAAUGUGGUCGGCCAUCUGCUGGGAUCACAUCUACACGAACCACACGCUGGAUCUGGUCUGCCGGGAGAUGGGAUUCGCUGGCCUGCGAUUGGCGGGCAGAGCGAAUGGACCGUCGGUGAAUGGUGCUCCCAUGCCCAGCUCUCGGGCAAUACACUACUGUCAGGAUCAACAUGAGAACAUUAGCUCGUGUCCCGUGGUGCAACACAAAUCAGCAUGCGUGCUUCACAAAUGGUGGAUUCAUUUAGAGUGUGCGCAGCAGCCCAGCGAUGUGGUGUCAAUGGACGUGUCCAAUGUCUCCGAUUUCUUCAUACUGCGCAAAAGAGCCCUCACUGGUCGUAAGCUCCGCUUUGAGGAGGUACGUUUGAUAGGUUCUGUGCCAACGGAGGGUCGGGUGGAGUUGCGCGUCAACGGUCAGUGGACCUUGCUGUGCAACUACGGUUGGAAUCUUCAUGCAGCUAACCUGGUGUGCAAGCAUCUGGGAUUUGGCCAUGGUGCCACACGCAUCACUGGAGUAGAUGUUAGUCAGUUUGCCCCAGAGCCAGUCUACGAGGGGAUUGUCUGUCCGCUAGGAGCGAGGGCACUGAGUGAGUGUGAGAUUCCACAGACCAACGGCAAGUGCCAUAUGCAAUCUGCGCGCGAUGUAGCCGCCACGGUCGUCUGCAACGCCACUGGGCCGAGAAAUCUAACGCUGUCUGGCGUAACGGAAGGUUUUCCCAUGGAGUCGGGUGUUCGUGGACCGGCUCUGUGCAUGCUGAACUUCAGAGUGUUUCACGCCACGCUGAUCUGCAGGACACUGGGAUUUCACGGCGGCCAUGUCGAACACCGGGUAGCCAGCACUGCCCUCUUGCUGACAAGAAAUGCCUCAUCACAAUCCACAGUGAAGGCCAUUGUGUCCUGCAAGAACACGGCAUCCACUAUAUCCGACUGCAUGAUGGCCACACUUCCCGCGGCCGAAUGCCACGAGUAUCCGUACAUCUUCUGCAAUCGGCAAACAGACAAGAAACCCUCUGGCAGCGUGCAGUUGCUCGACGAACGGGAAGUGCGUCCGGGCGUAUUCCGCGGCAGACUGGGGCUAACGGUGGACGGUGUCAGCGGCACUGUGUGUGGCAGUGUGGCUUGCAGUGGCCACCAGCCCUGGUCUCAGCAGAAUAGCGACGUCGCCUGCCAUCAUCUCGGCUUUCGGGCCGGAGCCGUGGCCUGGAGACUGGCUUCAAGCGCAGUAUCGGGGAGCUACGGCGAGCUGCGUGUGUUUCGCAACAUCAGUUGCCAUGGCAAAGAGAGGAGUCUGUUGCAGUGUGAAUUCUCACCCUGGGCACCGCAGCCCCAGCACAACCAUAGCCAGGAUGUCAUACUCGACUGUGCACAUAACCAAGUUGUGUUGGCCUCAGAUAGCUCUCUGAGAAGCCUGCUGAUGAUCGGCAUUCCGUGCACGGUCUCCGCAGUCGGUAUCACUCUACUUGUAGUGAACUUCUUGUCCAAGCAUAUCGGUAAAAGCGUCAGUGACAGUGUAUUGCCAGUGCCACACAGCCACACACCACGGCAGAGUUUUCAGAGUGGCGAGAUUACUGUUCCCAACAAACACGGAAGUGCUGACUCGUUUGCAGCUCGCUCCGCCAUCACCACAGCAGAGGGCUGUACGAGCAGAAUGUCGUUGACGUGUGCCAUUCCUCCGGGCAGCCCGCGCCCGUCUCGCAACUCCAUAGCACCACCCCUGCAGCAACCACCACACUGGUCACGCAUGGACGAGCAUCGCCAGCAGAACUACCGAAGCAAACCCCGCAGGGUCAGCCAGGGAUGUGCCGCCCAGUCGUCCAAUGAGAGCAUCACACCCUAUUGUUCGUCUAGCGGAUCUUUACCGGUCUGCUUGAUACGCAAUCUUGCUCCAGGCUCGCCCCGAGGAGCGACGACCGGUCUUGCUCAAAUGCUCGAACAGCAACAUCGGCGAUCUUCCUUCGACUUGACGGAGGAAGAAAAUGAACCACAGUCGACGAGACAAAGUGACAAAGCAAUGCACAUGCCGGCGGGGAAUAAGGGUCCCGGCGCCACGAACGCCUACGAGGAGAUCAGUCCCAGGAGUUUGAAGAUGGCAGCGGGUACGUGUGAGAGGCCAGUAAGUCGUGUCAACGGCAGUAUUGAAGAAUUGGAUACCAUUAGCCUUCAGUCAUACUCCUGCCCAGACUUCGGGGACUACAAACAGUCCCGUGAGGAAGCAGAACAGCAGCAUGCUAGCCAGUUGAACCAGCACCACACCUCCUCUCCUGGCCUACUGCAGCGCAGACAGCGAAGAAGAAGAAGCACAGGUUUCAAACACCUGAGCGUACGCAUACCGCAGAGCUGCUCCCUGCUUCGUGAUCACGGCAGACAGCUGCGCAUUGAGCGCGCCGAGUCGCUGAGCAAAGACUCCGGUAUUUGUGCCGUGAAUUCUCGACCGGACUGCAGUGAGCUUGCUACGUGCGAGCGAGAGUUUCCCGCGCCUCCACCAGUGCCAUCUGGAGCCAUUCACGCCAAUCUCAUCACAACCGGCAAAAGAAACAGUGGUGCUACUGCUGCUCCUGAUGGUGGUGGUGGUGGUGGUGGUGGUGGUAGCAGUGAUGUGGUAGCUGCUGGCAAUCAAGGAGCUCGUUUCACCACUCGCAAGCGCUUGAAUUGGUUGCCCAGCGACACGACGAUCAGCAUUACACGCUUGAGCAGCGACGAUUCUGUGUGUGCACCGCUAGAUCUGGUGAAGCGGCCGGGCCCUUCGCCACGGACUCACUCCGCAGCUGCUCGAUCACCACGGACCCAUCCCUCCGCUACCGCUGCCACCACCGCCAACUGCCGCCAGUCGCGUCGCGAAACACGCCUCUUCAAUUUCAGCUGUGUGUGCGAUGCGUAUGACAGCUUGGUCAUGACGCCGGCUGGUUACGACUUGCCCGCGGACUGCAUGGACCUACCAGACAUCUACACCACAUCUCCACCAUAUACACUCUGCUCCAACAACCUAAGCAGGCACUCACAGCCUGCCAUCGGCUCUCGUAACGACGCCAUGGAGCGGCUCGCAUGCUGCUCGGGAGCGGACGUUCUGCAGCCCGGCGUGAUGUUCGACACGCCGAUGUCGUUCGUGAACCCAGCAUGUGGCACGCUACCCACCAACCCACUGAGUGGUUCUGAAUGCAGCAUCGCCGAUGACAUCAUGACCCAGCGCUAUCAGAAUAUACCAGCAACGAAACGACACGCAGCCAGCAGUGGGGAUUUGCGCGGGACAUCGUUUACAGAACCCAUCCUGGAUAGCCUCUUUGCACCCAUCACGCUGCCGACGAAUGACUUUACAGGUGCGUUUGAUUCGCCGAGGAGCCUUCCUGCGUACACUCCAGCAACCAUGGUUCCACUGUCUAGUUUAGGCUUGCCGUCAUCACAUCCCCUACUGCUAGCAAGGACGGAGCAUGGUUAUAAUAACUCCCCCGCGCAACAGACUCCCCCGAGCUUCAAAAGCCUGGGAGCGCACGUCCAUGAGCAUGAGAGGGGUGACGGCAUGCACUCUCUAGUGGCCUUCCCGCCAUCCAUGGCCCCUUCCGUGCUUUCAGAACAGGUGUUCGGCAUUACCAUGAAAGACAGUGCAGUGGCGAGUAGCAAGCAGAAAUACUCCGAGAAGACGUGGUCAGACGAGCGGAUUGCGCCCGCGUUCACGGAAGACGUCGAGCGCUUCACACUGUACACUCUUCAAUCUUCCGCUCAUCGGUGUGGUCUCAUGGAGUGCCAGGACAACUUCGUUGAAAUCUGAUACAUCGUCAUUCGUAACAGUGACGAUAUUAUUGGUGACAGUUAUGAUGUCAUUUGUAACGGUGAUGCAUGAUAUCGAUGGUGUCAUUUGUACCAGUGACGAUGUCAUUUGUAACAGUGAUGAUGUCAUUGGUGACAGUGACGAUGUCAUUGGUGACAGUGAUGAUGUCAUUUGUAACAGUGACGAUGUCAUUGGUGGCAGUGAUGGUUUCAUGGGAACUCUCAAGUCUAUCUGUUGUUCUGGAGCCAGUUCUGCUUUCAACGAGUUUGCCUGUAAGCCGGCAUGCCGAAUAUGGUGAGAGUAAUAACGUGAACGCAUCGCUUCAGCGCUUCCAGCAAAGCACAGUGACAAUGCGCCUUUCGUGGCAGCCUCGCCAUGUUGUGAAACGUCCGCUGCUGUCUGCCAGGGCAUAUGCCUCUGUACAGCAUGGGCAUUUCUAUCUUCGACUUCUUUUCUCACUUAUGUUGAUCAGUUUACGGCACACUGUAUAACCAACCCUCUAUGCCAAGGCUGAACAAAUAUUCCUUUUUUAUAUUGAGCCUAUUUAUAUUAUGUAUCCAGACACUCCACUCACUCUUUGCUAUGCCCAACAUUGUAUAUCACCUGAGCACUCUUUGCUAUGCCCCAUAUCGCCUGAGCACUCUUUGCUAUGCCCCAUAUCGCCUGAGCACUCUUUGCUAUGCCCCAUUUCACCUGAGCACUCUUUGCUAUGCCCUAUAUCGCCUGAGCACUCUAACCAUGCCGAAUAUAAUCCUAGGGCUGGUACAGCUCCAGGAUUGAAUUAGUCCUUAUUUUUACCCCUACCUUUCAACCAUGCCUAGCUUGGCUUAGCUGUUUUAAACCCGACCUUGAACCAUUACCCGACUUGACCGUAUCCGAUGUAACCCGACCUUUUGACUUUACCCGAUUUUACCCGACCUUUGACCGCGGCCAUUUUGACCCUACUUUUCACCAUGCUUUAUUUGUUAUUUUAAUGCUUUAUUUAACCUAACCCUCGGUCCUACCCAUUUUAACCCCGGCCACUCUGCCACGGAUUCUGCAAUGCACAAUUCAGAAUUCCGUACGAUUAGGCGUCUCAGAGAAAGAAGCUUCAAACAAGCAAAAACUAAAACAGUUUUUUUGAUGGGAUGCUACUGCACUGGGAUGGAAAUUUAAUUUUUUUAAUAAUAAUAAUUGUGUACAGUACAUUCAGGUUCAGAAACGUUUUUCUUGC